GAAGAAAAAAAAAACAGAUAUCAAAGAUCAAUUCUUAUUUCUGGAAAUCAAACCUCUAUGGAUUUGUUUCUUAAGAUCAGACAUAUAAAUUCAACUUUUUCAAGAUCUUCACCAUCAUUCUUGAUCGCAGAUUAAUGGCUGAUUAAAAGGAUCAUUACACAUAAACAUGACUUCAUCUGGGAGGAGAAGCAUAAGACGAGGCUCAUCAGCCUCCAAGAAACCGGUUCUCCACACCCAAGAAAGCGGAAACAGUAGCUUUAACGAAACCACCUCCCCUAAACCCGGUUCACCUCUCCCUGAACCGGUCUCCGAUAUCGAAAGAACCGUCAAGAAGCUACGCCUAUCCAAAGCCCUCACCAUCCCCGAGGGAACAACCGUCUUCGACGCAUGUCGAAGAAUGGCCUCUCGCCGCGUCGACGCUGUCCUUCUCACCGACACAAGCGCUCUCCUCUCGGGCAUCGUCACCGACAAGGACAUAGCAACAAGAGUGAUCGCAGAAGGGCUAAGACCAGAACACACUCUAGUCUCCAAAGUCAUGACGAGAAACCCUAUAUUCGUCACGUCAGACUCCCUCGCCAUACAAGCCCUCGAGAAGAUGGUCCAAGGAAAGUUCAGACACUUACCAGUAGUAGAAAACGGCGAAGUCAUCGCUAUUCUAGACAUAACAAAAUGUCUGUACGACGCCAUCUCUCGCAUGGAGAAAGCAGCAGAUCAAGGAAGCGCCUUAGCUGCUGCUUAUCCAUUCAUCGAAACGUUGAGAGACCAUAUGUUCAAACCAGCCUUAUCCACAAUCAUCACAGAACACUCGAAAGUAGCACUCGCCUCUCCCUCGGAUCCCGUCUUCGUAGCUUCGAAAAAAAUGCGUGACCUAAAAGUUAACUCAGUGAUCAUUUCCGUGGGGAACAAGAUACUCGGCAUACUAACGUCAAAAGACAUUUUAAUGAGAGUCGUGGCGCAGAAUCUCUCCCCCGAGCUAACGCUCGUUGAGAAAGUAAUGACGCCAAGCCCCGAAUGUGCGUCUAUGGAGACAACGAUCGUCGACGCGUUACACAUCAUGCACGACGGUAAGUUUCUGCACCUUCCGGUUCUAGACAAAGACGGAUACGCGGCGGCAUGCGUCGACGUGCUGCAGAUAACACACGCGGCUAUCUCCACCGUUGAGAACAGCUCCGGAGCGGUUAACGAUAUGAUGCAAAAGUUUUGGGACUCGGCUCUCACGUUGGAGCAGCAUCCACCUGAGGAUUACGAGACGCAUAGCGAUGUGUCGGCGACGUUGUUGAACUCGGAGGGAGGAGGAGGAGGGAAGUUACAGUCUCAAGGGAGUAGUGUGAUGAGUUUGUUUGCGUUUAAGUUUGAAGGCCGUAAAGGGAGAGUGCAUAGGUUUAACGCGACGGGGGAGAGUUUUGAGGAGGUGGUGAGUGGUGUGAUGGAAGGGUGUGAUGAGGUUGUGGAUUCAGUGGGCGUUCAGAUAAUGUACGAAGAUGAUGAAGGCGAUAGGGUUUUGAUAAGUGGGGAUAGUGAUGUUGUUGCUGCUGUUGGUUUUGCUAGGUCUUUGGGGAGAAAUGUUUUGAGGUUGCAUUUGGAUUUUGGUGAGAUGGUGUGUGUUGAGAUGGUUAAAGAUUUGUCUGAGGGGAGUUGUGGUGGUGUAGGUAGGGGUUUGGUUUGUUGGAGGAGUGGUGUUGUGGCUGGGGUUAUUGUCUUGACGAGUAUAGUUUUUUUUGUUUUCUUGAAACGUUCCAAGAAGUGA